AUGUACAGAGAAUCCCUAACUAGUUUGAUGGGUAUGCUGCACACAACACAUCCGCACUUCAUCAGAUGCAUUAUUCCUAACGAGAAGAAAACAAGUGGGCUGAUAGACGCACCUUUGGUUUUGAAUCAGGCGUCGAAGAGAAUGCUUGAAAGACUUGUCAAUGAAAAUCAGAUUUCAGAAGAUAAGUUCAAAAUUGGAGCAAAUAAGGUGUUUUUCCGAGCUGGUGUUGUUGCCAAAAUGGAAGAACUUCGUGAUGCAGCCUUAACAAAGGUGAUCAUCAAAUUCCAAAGCAUCUUGCGAUGUUAUUUGGUUCAGGAAUCAUAUGAGACAACCAAAGGCGAUAACGAUUGA